AUGAAAUCCACACUUUGCAUUCUUGCCGCCGUUUUGGUGCUUUGCCUUGUAUCCUUUGCUUGCGCUCAAUAUGGCAAUGCUUACAAUGGUGCCUAUGGUUAUCAGGGAGGACUUGGUUCGAAUUAUGGAGUGGCAGGUGGUAACUACAAUUCCUACGCUCAGAAUACUCAAGCUUAUAGCAAUCAAGUUGCAGCUGUGAAUUAUCAACCUUAUGCUGCUUAUGCCUCUGCCUAUCGAGGACCUUAUUAUUAUGGACAAAAUUAUGGAAAUUAUUAUUCCAUGCCAUUCUGGGGAGGAUAUGGUGGUUUCCCAUGUUAUGGAGGAUAUGGUGGAUAUGGAUGGUAUUAA